CAAUAUCACAGAAGUCCAAGAAGGUGAAAUACCGGCUCGCUCUCCCACUGUCAAUAACUCCCUCUGUUGAAGGACCUUUGGGCUUCCUUGUCGUCGUCCCGGAGAAGGUGCUGCUCGGAGAGCACGAGAAAAUAUUGCAACAAUGAUACACGUGGCAGAAUUGCCAGUGGGCCAUAGAUUCUAUUCUCUUGUUCUUCGAUUACGCUCUCAAUAGACCAUAUCCUUCCCUUUCGUGUUUCGCGCAACAUGUAUCACCUCGUCCGCUCCCUGUACCUCUAUGCAACCAGCAAGCCAGAGUACUCCAUCAUCCUCCUAGGCCUCGACAAUGCCGGCAAAACCACCCUUUUGUCACAGAUAAAAGCGCUUUAUAACACCACCGCAGACCCCGUCGCUGGCCAGACAGGCGAUGCUCCUGCUUCGGACACCGCAGGCAAUACUGUGCCCACCGUCGGCCAAAAUGUUGCAACUAUCGACCUGCCCGAGAUGUACUUGAAGAUCUGGGAUGUGGGUGGACAAAUGAGUCUAAGAAAGCUAUGGAUGAGCUACUAUAAGAGCGCGCAUGCCGUGGUGUUUGUGGUGGACAGCACGGACAUAGGGAAUGGAGAGAUCGACGGGGCACCACAAACCCCCGGGUGGCACGGGCGUAAGAAGAGCUAUAUUGGAAAGGGUGGUGACGAAGACGAGCCACAGACUCCAUGGACUCCAAUGACGCCCAUGACGCCAGGGUUUUUCUCGUCUGGAUUGCCUCAGGGUCGACUGGACGAAUGUCGAGCCGUUCUAGAAAGCGUACUCGAGAAUGACGACACUGCUGGGAUUCCGAUCUUGAUUUUGGCCAAUAAACAGGACAGGGAAGAUUGCCUCGAGGUUGUCAGGAUCAAGGAAGGCUUCGUGAAGAAAGUUUUCGAAGGUGAGAAAGGGGGAAUGGUUCGUGACAGUCGUGUCCUACCAGUAAGCGCGCUGAAGGGGACAGGAGUAAAAGAGGCUGUCGAAUGGGUCAAAAGCCGGGUUGUGUGGAACAAAGAAAGUCGUCCACCGAUCAUGAGGUAAACAUUGUCUAUCUGAUGGUCCAUGACAAGCGUCAUAUGUUGCGAGAUUCUUCCACUACCAAGAUGAUACUGGUCCAGAGAGAACAACCCCGACGUCCGCUGUCUCCGCAAAGAUGCCUCAUGCCACUCAAGCCCCAGGUGUCUCAAUUUUGAGCAAAGCAGCUGCAGUGUCCCUCACAGUCACUUCUAAGGGUGUCCACUCGUACUGGAACACUUCAUCUACGUCCUUCGUAUCGAGCCUCGGAAGUGUCAGAGUGGAAGCCUCGUCAUUAUCCUCGCCAAUACGAUCCGAGAUAUUCAACGCAGACUCCUUCCGCAACGCAUCGGCAAUCUGAUUGAAGAUCAUGGGAUGCCCGACGACAAACCGCUUAUUUGCUGCCCUGGGAUUCCUGAGUGCAGCGAUUUGAACUUUCGCGAGGUCGCGGACAUCAAUCUAUACCCAAGCCUAGUUCAGCUUUGCGGCAACCAAAAAGGCGAUUCACGGGCAUUCUUGGAAAAGAGAAGUGGACUCACGCAUCCUGGAAACGCCGUCGCUGGCACCUUCCCACCCUCGCCCUUCCUGCUGUUCAUGAUACCAUAAAUCAGGCCGUUGCUGAAAUUGAUCUUCUCUACCCCACCCACUUUCUGCAACAUGGGACCAAAGAUCAAGGGCGGCAUGAAGUUGGUCACGGUGAAGGAAGGCUUUUCUUCUUCCACGAACUUCCAAAUGGCUUGCUCGGCGAGCUUUUUGCCAACGCAGUACGAGAUCUGGGAACAAACAAAGCGGUGGUGUUAGCGAGUGCUCUGGAAACCGGAAGGACUCCAGAACUCCAAAAUUCCUCGUCUACUUUGACAGAACCACUUCCCUGGGUGGAUGAUGGAAAGAAAACUGAGAGAAGACUCACAUAAUUACUCUCCGCCUGCACCGCAUCCUCCCUUCCCAAGGGCAACCACUCCCCGCUGCCGAAAACUCGGCUCUUGAUGUCCUCCUGGUUGCCGAGUGUGAUCGCGUUCAGACUCCCCGUAACACUCACGGCUCUCACAUUCUUCCCGUACGCCUUGGCGCUCUGGAGCAAACCCAGAUUUCCCAGCACAUUGGGCUUCUCAAAGGACUCCUCAAAGCUCGUGCUGUCGGGGAUAUCGACCAUGGGCGCCGCCACGUGAACAAUGUACUCGAUGUCUGGGUGUGCCUGGAAGACAGAGUCGAAAGCGCCGGGGACGGUGAAGUCGGGGACUGGGUGGAUUUUGAUCUUGGACACGGGCCACGACGGGUUGUUGGCGAGCAGCGAUUCGGCGGAAGACGGGGAGCGAACGGCAAUAACAACGUUGUGAUUCUGGGCGAGCAGCUCAUCGAGGACUGUAGCCCCCACGAACCCUGAUCCGCCGGUUAACAGCGUUGUGCUGGUGGACAUACUGACGACAGAUGGAACUGGGAUUUCAGAGUGACCUCGAAACCUCUAACUUUCAGGCAAACGAUAGCUAUAAGAUAUAGUGGAAAGGCGUGGAGGAAAGAUAUUGAAAUAGAUUGGGUUCGACUUGAAUUUGUGAUACCUACUUAUACUGCUGGUUUGCUUCAAUCACCU